AUGAAGCCCUUACAAUUAUUGGACACUCCGUUUCUAGUAUUCCAAAAGAUUAUAAAACUGAUGGAAAUUAUUGAUUUAUUCGAAAUGUCUCAAACAUCAAAAAGAAUGUUCGCUUGCAUCAAAAAUGCAAGACGCCGAGUCCAACCGAUUUUUCUGUUCAAAAUGGAAAAUGGUCGAAUGAUUCGUGUGGCUGAUUGUGAGAAAAAUGGCUUAGACCCGGAAUUCGAUAUCGUUCUGACAUCGGAGAACGUGGAAAAAGAUGUGCUGAGACAGUUGAGAGUGAAAGAAACAAUCUUUGAUGUUUGUGAAAAAAACGAGAAGAGCUUGAGUUGUUGUCUUCACAACGGAUUGAAGGAAGAAGAUAUCGAUUCUCAAUUAGUGGAUCUCUUCAAUUAUCUAUCGGAUCUUUUCAAUAAUAAGACUGUCACUGUCUGGCUUCGACCAUCUCAUAUUGCAACAUCUUCUUUUCUUUUUUCAAAUCUCAAAUUCGAAACUUGUCAAUUAAUUAAAAUUAUAGCAAAAUCUGACAUAUUGUCAAAUGACGGUGUGUCACGAAUACUGGAAAUUUUGAAGCCUACGAUUGGGAUCGCUUUGAAGUGUCAUAUCGAGAAAGGUUUUGGUCCGAAAAAUAUUCUGAAUCUCCCGCGACUCUAUAUUUUCAAGGCUCGCUGGAUCACUUUCGAUGAUCUACUAAAUAUGGAAUGUGAGACGGCAUUUUUAAGACAUCAUUCAUUCACAGAGGAAGACGUCAAAAAACUGAGAGGUUUUAAGAUGACUCCAAAUUGGGAGCACAUUCUGGAAGGAAUUAAUUAUGGAGUAUGGGAUGAGAAGGAAAAGAAGAAAAGGCCGAGGAUUUUUCAAGACCAUUACAUCUACAGAGUGAAAGAAAUUGACUGCAAGAAUGGUCUGGAUUUUGAGAGAAAGAGUGAUGGAAUGAUUGGGACAGUCAUGCAUCAAUCUGACCAGAUUGAUUUCUUCGUGUGGCACGAUAUACAAUUCUGA